AAGUUUAUUUUGAAUUGUUACUCCGGAUGUUACCACCUCAAGACUCAUCUUUGACACGAUUGGUAAGAUUCCACCACGAGAGUUUGCCCCGUUCAGCCCGCCCUUCGACAUAACACUUGCGGGGUUCGCCUAGUUAGUAGCUGACCCAGCCUUUGCCCGUCGUGUAUACUCAGUACUUUUACUUUUUAUUCAAGUCGGCUAUCCGAAAAAUAAAUUUUAGCUUUGAUCAACCACCGCCCCAAGCCCAUCCCACCAUGAACCCAUCACCUGGCGAAACGAACCUGCCCACUCUCCUCGCCUCUCUCAACCCAACCCUCGACCCAGAAACCUUCGUCUUCCUCACCACCAAAGAGCCCAUGCACUCGCUACCCCUCCAAUCAUUGCAGGCGCAAAUGCUCUUCCAAGAAUCCGAGGGUGUUACCAUAAUCACAACCAGAGACCUCGCCACGAGCCAUGGCUUCGGCGAUCAGGCUACGUUUCCGUGCCGGAAGAUCUCAUUGAAGAUCCACUCGAGCCUUGAGGCGGUGGGGCUGAUUGCGGCCAUCGCGGCGAAGCUGGGGGAGGGGGAUAUUAGCUCGAAUGUGGUCAGCGGGUAUUUUCAUGAUCAUAUUUUUGUGCCGGUGGGGAGGGAGGAGGAGGCGUUGCGGGCGCUUCAUGAGCUGGCGGAGCAAGCUGGGUCGUCGUGAGGUUUAUAUCUCUCUCUAUAUAUAUGGAUAUGUGUUUAUUUCUGUAUGCUGAGUAUCUGUUUCGAGGACACGAUCUCUACAGAUCUCACGCCCUAGAGACGUUGUUUUUUUUUUCUUUUGAUAUGAUGGGUUCCUUGAUGACAGAAAUACACAGGCUAGACUCGAGAUUACUGAUGAUCUGAAAUUGUGCCAAAGGAACAGCCUGAGAGAGUAUAAGAAGAACGGUUCAAUUGAUGUUCAAGUUGAUGUACAGUACAAUAAAUGAGCAGUUAAAUAUCCUGGACUGCUACAAUGCACCACAUUCACAGAAAUAAGAGCAGACGCAGUGAGAAAGAGUGGAAUACAGAAGAGAUUGUAUUAUUAUUGACAGUAUCAGAGGUUGAAUUCAAGGUGUUGUUGUUGUUGUUGUUGAUGAUGAUGUUGUUGUUGUUGUUCAUCGCCGCGCUAUAAAUAUAAACACGAUGGUUGUUGUGGUAACCACAGCGGUAACAAUCAAGUCAUCCAUCCCCC